CUCAGGCUUUACGCAGCCCUGGUUUGUGAGGGAAAAUGUAUCGUCUCGGCCAACAGUCUAUCUCCAAGAUCGCUUUCAAUUCCUUUUUAUCCACUGUGCCACGGGAAUAUUUUCAUUUUACGAGACAAUACAAUAAAAGCUGGUCGUGUAUUGGCUGAUUUUUGAUCAAAUACUACAUUUAUCUGCACGAAAAUGCCAAGGACCAAGAAGAAGAACAGGGGGGCACAGCAUGGAAAUGUGCAGCCUUUCAGUGAUGAGGAUGCCUCCAUUGAGACCCUCAGUCAUUGCAGCAGCUUCAGUGAUGCCACCAGUGUAGCAGAUGAAGGUGGAGAGGCCAGUGAGGACGCAGCCCAGGAAGAUUUCCAGUACAAGUUGAAAGGGUUUAUAGACAGCACGGUGGACAAGAGUGCCAAGACCAGACAAGGGGCACUGGAUGGGCUUAAGACUGCUAUGGCCACACGGAUCUUGUACGAAUUUAUCUCGGAGAGAAGGAUGACCAUCACAGACAGCAUUGAACGUUGUCUCAAGAAAGGUAAAGGAGAGGAGCAGCGGGCGGCUGCUUCUUUAGCAUGUCUGCUGUGUAUCCAGCUGGGCUCAGGCAUCGAGAGUGAGGAGGUGUUGAAGACCCUUAAACCCAUCUUCAGAAACAUCCUGGCAGAUGGAUCGGCCAAUAUCCAAGCCAGACAGGCAGUAGCGACAAGCUUGGGUCUCUGUACUUUAGUGGCAGAAGAUGACAUUUUGGACGUGCAUGCCACCAUGGAGUGUUUUGAAAACCUGUUCACCCGUUCCUAUGCGAGGGCGGAUGGUACGUGUCCUUCAGUCAGUCCACAGACAAGCCAGCUCCACACCAACGCUCUGCUGUCCUGGGCACUGUUACUCACCAUCUGCACCGCCAGCCAGGUUAAAGAUAUCCUCCGCAAGCACCUGCCCAAACUGCCUAGAUUGUUAGAGAGUGAAGAUGUCAACAUGAGAAUUGCUGCAGGGGAGACCAUUGCCCUGCUCUUUGAACUGGCCAGAGACAUGGAUGCUGAGUUUGAGUUUGACAGCUGGGAUGAAUUGUGCGAUAAACUGAACGCCCUGGCCACAGACUGUAAUAAGCACAGAGCCAAAACUGACAAGAGGAAGCAACGGUCCGUUUUUAGAGAUGUCCUGAAGGCAGUUGAGGAAGGGGACUUCCAGUCUGAGACCAUUCGCUUUGGGACAGAGCGUAUGACCAUUGAUAGCUGGGUCAGAAAGAGGACAUAUGACGCCUUUAGAGAGUUUGUAGGCUCUGGGAUGAACUACCACCUCCAGGCAAAUGAAUUCAUCAGAGACGUGUUUGAACUGGGACCACCUAUGCUGGUUGACUCUGCAACAAUGAAGGCCAUGAAAAUCUCUCGCUUUGAAAGGCAUCUUCACAACUCUGCUGCAUUCAAAGCUCGGACCAAGGCCAGAAGCAAGUUCAGAGACAAGAGGGUGGAUGUGGGAGAAUUUUAAAUUAAUUACUUUUGGAUUCUAUUUACUAUUUAUCAAGCUUAGAUGAAAUGGCACAGCUUUCUUUUUAGACCAUUCUGCUUUGUAGUUGUGUCUGUUUGGUGCAAAAACACUCUGCUUGUAGAGUUGCUAUGGAUAUUCGUAGUGGCAGGUUGUCUUGAUGUGAGAUGAACAGAUUAUUUGUCAGAGAUAUGAAUUGCGUUACGGACACACCAUCUAUUGUACAGUACCUGCUCUUUAACUCUACAGUUGGUUAAGUGUUUGGUAAUAACAAAUUGAGCGUUAUUCUAUUGGGAGUAUACCUUUACUAUAACUACACAUAAAUCAGUGGUGUUGUGUAUAUAUUGCAUGUUUAUAUUCACAUUUCAGCCUCUUUUUUUUUUUUUUUGAACAUUGUAGUAAGUUAUAAUUUGGCAGCAUUUGUCAAGUAUUCAGUUGUAUUAAUUUCAUAUUAAUGUUGUGACCUAACUCUUUGUCUUUUAAUUUGCACUACUCAGUCAGCUUAAGCUGGUUAUUCCUGUAGAACCUUUAUGACCAUUGUGUUGGAUUUUAAAUAUGGGGUAUACUGUAUAACUGUAAGGGCAAGGAUGGUGAAAUAAACACUGAAAUGCUGUAA